UAGGGGCAACGGUAGCAAACAUUAACUUAGGGUGUUUGUGUUCGGAAGUAAAUUACGCUUAAAAGUAUAGGUUAAAGAGAUUCUGAAGUGCAACUAACUUUAUCUUUAAUAAAUUACAAAUUUUACAUCAGAAUUUAAGUGUGUCUUACGAUAAUAUUCUUGGAAAAAUGCCAACCAAUGCUGACAGUAUCCUCGACGGUUUCAAACUGUUUAUCAAUAUUUCACAGCCAGCUCUCAAGAAACUGGAUUAACCUUAGAGAUGCAGAUAAUGGAAGGGUCUUAUGGCAGGGAACUGAAGAUUUAUCAAAACCAGAUAUUGAGCAUGAAGCUCGAGUACCAAAGAAGAUUUUAAAAUGCCGAGCUGUCUCACGAGAGAUAAACUUUUCUUCCCUUGAACCAAUGGAGAAAUUUCGUCUCCAGCAAAAAGUCCUUUUUAAAGGUCGCUGUCUUGAGGAAUGGUUCUUUGAGUUUGGCUUUGUGAUACCUAACUCCACAAACUCAUGGCAGUCAUUGAUUGAGGCAGCUCCUGAAUCCCAAAUGAUGCCAGCCAAUGUACUGAAUGGCAAUGUAAUAAUAGAAACAAAGUUUUUUGAUGAUGACCUUCUAGUCAGCACUUCCAGAGUGAGAUUGUUCUAUGUAUAACAGAAGAAAGUAGUUUUUCCAGUCUAAAGUUGAUUGUAGAAAAGCACUAUUUGAACAAAUCACUUCAGGCAAUUACUCAGGAGUUUUUAAAGUGCACUUUGUUUUCCAAACAUUUAUUUAUACAUUUCCAAUAGAGUAGUUAGGUUGAGAAAAGACAAUGCAUUUUAUUAAGAUUUUUCUGUUUAUAAUUUCCUGUAGCUUGAUGUAAUUCAUUGAAAAAUUUGAUUAACAGCAAGAAAUAUGUUUAGUAUACAGAAGUUUAUUAUUGUUGUUUAUUUUAUCCACAUGAAAACCUAACUAAAAAUUUCAAAUGUAAUUUCAGCUCUUUUUAGAAUUUGUUGUUAUAAUUUUUGAAUCAUAGUUUUGUAAGUGUUAUGUCUCUAGGUCUCAUAAUUUUAUGUAUUCAAUACUGUGAACUUUUUCUGCAGUGUAGACCUUUAUAUUGGAAGAAUAACUUUAUAGUUGUAGUAAGAAAUUAAAAGAUAGAUAAAUAAAACUGGGAACACUGUAUCUGAAUAGCAUUUUUCUGUUUCUUAUGUACCUGUCAGAAUCACUUUGAAGAGAAAUUAAUAUAAAUAUUGAUUACAGGAACAAGAUUUGCAUGUUAGUCAAAUUUUAUUUGUAAUUACUGCUGAAUGUUUAGAUUGAUAAUUUUGUAUUUGGUUGUUUCAUAAAUACAUUCUGCUAACUUCUGACACUAUACUUUAUAUUGUAAAGUUUAUUCAAGAUAUCUGUAUUAUAAAUCAGUAUUGUAAUACUGCAUAAUUGAUUUUAAAUAAACAUGAAAUAAAGACAGCAAAUUGUCUAUAUUAAUUUAUAAUAGUAACGUAUCUAAAUAGAAAUUACAUGAUAAACCUUUAGGAUAAUGUAUAAUCUAUCCUAAAUUAUUUGUAUUUCAUCAUGUUAAAAAAUCCAGUAGUUACUAAUGAAAAAUGUGUGUUCACAUAUUAGCUUUGUCAGAGAAUUUUAGAUACUUAACAUAAUUAGACAGUAGUAGUAUGAUAAUUUUUUUUAUCUUACAGGGUGGGGCAAAAAUGACCAUGCAGUUGUUUUAUUUAGAACAUAGUUUAAUUUAUCAUGUUUUACUCUGAAACAAACAAUAUUUAAAUUAUGUUUAGAUGUCUCGGUAAUAUUUUCUUUAUUAUCAACUGUACAGUAACUUUUGCCCCAACCUGCAUAGGCUUUAUAUUGUAGGUAGUGUGUGUGUGUCUCUAAAAUUCAUUAAUGUAAAGAAAGUAAUGUCAAAAAUUACACCUUAUCUAAUAUAUAAAAAUAUAUGCAAAAAUAAAAUGUUGAGUAAAUAUUAGUUUGAAUAUUUCACUUCAGAUUUUAAAUUUUCUAUUGUAAAGUUCUCACUGGAUCACUUUUAAGCAUUUAAUAAACCAACUACAAUGACACCAAUCUACAAUUAUAUAUUAGUGAACACCGAGUCAGGUAAUUAAAAUAUUUUUGCUAAUAAUUUACAGGCUGUUUUUCUUAUCACAGAUGAACUUGUAAAUUAGGUAUCACUGAUCUUUUUAAGUGUUAUUUAUUGAAAAGUAUGUUAGUUAUAAUAUUUUAAUAAAGUUUCCUUACCACCUUUUGUACUACUUAUUUAAAAAUUGAAUAUAAUUUUGAAAUGAUCAAAUGGAUGUUUUUUUUAUAAUUACUUAUGAAAUAAUUUGUAUGGGACUUAUUGAUAAAUGUGACUGGAUAUUUUACUUCUUAGAAGUACAAGUAAAAUCUAUUAUCAUCCCAAAAUUAUUUAAUGUAUUCCAGAUAAUGCUCAUUAAGAACUUUUUGUAUAUGCUUUUCUGCAGUAAUUCAUCAUAACAUUGUUUGAUAUUAUGGAAAAAUGACUAAACUCUAGUGAUGGAAAAUAUGAAUAUUAAAUACAAAGUGAAACAAUUCAUCAUAGUAUUUCUAGUUUAAUCUUUUUAAUGUUAUUAUUUUCAUUUAGAUAACCUAUUUUUAUUCAUUUCAUUUUUCAGUCAUGGAUUUGGAAACCACAGCUUAUGUGUGAAUAAAUAAAGAAGCUGAUUAAAAUCUAUAUUUAUAAUUAACACUGUUAGUUUGAUGAAUUAAACGUGUUUUGAAAUGAUAUAAACAAUUGCAUAUGUAGAGUAAUAUCUAGUACAUAAAUAUACAGAUUGGGAUUGAUUAUUAAAGCUAUUUCUUAACUUUUGAAGAAGAUUUGUCUGGUCUACAAAAUGAUGUGCUUGUUAUGUUGUACUGUAUUAUGUAAGUUGGUGGUCUUAAAUGAUGAAAAUAGAAAGAUUGGGAUAAAACAUUUGUAAAGGAAAGGGAAAUGUUUGGUUAGUAUUUUGACCAAACAACCUUUGUCAGGACUUUUGUGUAGUCACGAUGAAGAUUGUUUGGUUGGAACAGUGAUUACAUAUUUCUCAUUUGAUUAGAACAGUUUUAUUAAUUUCUUUGUAUUUUUCGAUUUUAUCAUACAGUAGCUGUAUUUUGUUUGAUACUGAUGAUAAAUACUGUAUAAUGCAUAACCGUCAUCCACUAUAUAAUGUUGUAAAAUCAUGACCCAAUUUAUGAUGUAUACAUUAUUAUUUGUAAAUAAAUUACUGGUAACUUGUGA